UUCCCGGCGCUGCACGGGCCGGGCCGGGCCGGGCCGGGCCGGGCCGGGCCUUCCUCGGCGUCCUCCGCGGGGCGACCAGGGCCCCUCCGCCGCGCCGGUGCCGGCUGGGACGCGACCCGGGGAGGCUCGGGGCUUGGCGGGCGCCUCGGCCAAAGCGCUGCCCCGGAGACACCGCUGCCGGACUCCGGGCGGAGUGUGUGCGUUUCCGCUCGGCCCCGCCGCCCCGCGUCCUGGGCUGAAAAGUCCGCGUAGCGUGGACGCUGUAGCUGGCCGGGACGGGUUUGCCAGGCGGAAAAAGAAGACUGCACAGCCCAGCGGCUUUCUUCACAAAGUGCUCUGGAAAGUGAAGAUAUUCAAAAUGAAGUUGCUGGAAAAUUUUAGUUCUUCAUAGGAACUACAAAAAUUGAAGGAAAGAACAUUUUCCAAAGGAGAUUGUUUUGAAAAUAUGUUUACACUAACUGAUUCUGUACAGCUUUUAAAAUAAUAAAACACUUUGAGAUUACAUUUAUGGUAAAAGGAAACUGGACUAACAAUGAGGCCAAAGACUUUUCCUGCUACCACUUACUCUGGAAAUAGCCGGCAGCGACUGCAGGAGAUCCGUGAGGGGCUGAAGCAGCCCCCCAAGUCCUCCUCUCAGGGGCUGCCCAUGGGACCACACAGCGAGGCUCCCCUGGAUGCCAAGGUCCUGGGGAGCAAGGACGCCACCAGGCAGCAGCAGAUGAGAGCCACCCCGAAGUUUGGACCUUACCAGAAAGCACUCCGGGAAAUCAGAUAUUCCCUCUUGCCCUUUGCCAAUGAGUCGGGCACUCCUGCCGUGGCCGAAGUGAACCGGCAGAUGCUGCAGGAGUUGGUGAACGCGGGAUGUGACCAGGAGAUGGCGGGCAGAGCGCUCAAACAGACCGGCAGCAGGAGCAUCGAGGCUGCCCUGGAGUUCAUUAGCAAGAUGGGCUACCUGGACCCGAGGAACGAGCAGAUUGUGCGUGUCAUCAAGCAGACCUCCCCAGGCAAGGGCCUCGUGCCCACCUCGGUCACCGUGACGCGGAGACCCAGCUUCGAGGGCGCGCGUGAAGGCUUCCCGCCCUUCCACCCGCUGCCCGGCGCGGCCUACGAUGGGGCAGGCUUCUGCGCUGACGGCCCGGCGGCGCUGGAGGAGGUGCCGCGGCCCUACGUGGACUUCCUCUUCCCGGGGCCCCCGCACGGCCCUCCGCAGGCCUACGGCGCUGAGGCGGCAGCGGGCUCGCGCUUCCCGGCGGCCCACUACGGCCGCGCGCACCCGCCGGGGCCUGGGGAGCCGCGGGGCUACGGCCUGCAGCGCAGCCCGUCCUUCCAGGCGCCGGGGCCCCCGCCGGUGGCCGGCCUCGCUCUCCCGGGCCCCGCAGGACUGUACCCGCCGCUGCCCGCGCUGCAAAAGCCCGCGGCGCACCCGCUGCACGCCGUGGGCGCCCGCGCCACGCUCUUCCCCGGGGAGUCCCCGGCCGGCCCGCUGGCGCCCCCGCGCGGCGGCCUGCACCCGGAGCUGUACGAGCCCUGGCCCGCUGCGCCCGUCCGCCGUGACUCCCUGCGCAAGGCCGGCCCCGAGGCCCCGCGCGCGCACGCCUUCCGGCCCGCCGGGCCCGCGCCCAGCCGGACCAACUCCUUCAGCGGCGCGCAGGCCGAGCCCGCGCUGCCCGCGCCCAACACCGUCACGGCCGUCACCGCCGCGCACAUCCUGCACCCGGUGAAGAGCGUGCGCGUGCUGCGGCCCGAGCCACAGACAGCCGUGGGGCCCUCACACCCCGCCUGGGUGUCCGCACCUGCCGCCGAGGGCCCCGCCGCUGCCUCCGCCGCCGCAGCCACUGAGGAGGAUCCAGCGCAUGGUUUGUCCGCUGCUUACGUGCGCGACCGGUGCCCGCCGCCGCCCUACCCGAAGCACCUGCUGCUGCACAGCCAGUCGGAGCAGUUCGACCUAGACGGACUGUGUGCUGGCGUGGAGCAGAACCUCCGCGGGAGCCCGACCGCCGAGCCCUCUGCCGCCGCCACCGCCCCCAGGAGCGAUAAGAGUCGCAAGGCGGAAAAGGGUGACAAGGCCUGCAAGGACAAGAAGCAGAUCCAGACCUCGCCAGUGCCCGAACGCAAGAACAACAGGGACGAAGAAAAGAGAGAGUCGCGCAUCAAGAGCUACUCCCCCUAUGCCUUCAAGUUCUUCAUGGAGCAGCACGUGGAGAACGUCAUCAAAACCUACCAGCAGAAGGUGCACCGCAGGCUGCAGCUGGAGCAGGAGAUGGCUAAGGCCGGGCUCUGUGAGGCUGAGCAGGAGCAGAUGAGGAAGAUCCUCUACCAGAAGGAGUCUAACUACAACAGGCUCAAGAGGGCCAAGAUGGACAAGUCCAUGUUUGUGAAGAUCAAAACCCUGGGGAUCGGUGCCUUUGGAGAAGUUUGCUUGGCCUGUAAGGUAGACACGCAUGCCCUGUACGCCAUGAAGACCCUGAGGAAGAAAGACGUGCUGAAUCGGAACCAGGUGGCUCACGUCAAGGCUGAGCGGGACAUCCUGGCCGAGGCGGACAACGAGUGGGUGGUCAAGCUGUACUACUCCUUCCAAGACAAAGACAGCCUGUAUUUUGUGAUGGACUACAUCCCCGGGGGGGACAUGAUGAGCCUGCUGAUCCGCAUGGAGGUCUUCCCCGAGCACUUGGCCCGGUUCUAUAUCGCAGAGUUGACAUUGGCCAUCGAGAGUGUCCACAAGAUGGGCUUCAUCCACCGAGAUAUCAAGCCUGACAACAUUUUGAUAGAUCUGGACGGUCACAUCAAACUGACGGACUUCGGCCUCUGCACUGGAUUCCGAUGGACUCACAAUUCAAAAUACUACCAGAAAGGCGAAGGGAACCAUAUCAGGCAGGACAGCAUGGAGCCCAGUGACCUCUGGGACGACGUGUCUAACUGUCGCUGUGGGGACAGGUUGAAGACCCUGGAGCAGAGAGCCCGGAAGCAGCACCAGCGGUGCCUGGCACACUCCCUGGUUGGGACCCCGAAUUACAUCGCCCCCGAGGUGCUUCUGCGCAAAGGAUAUACCCAGCUCUGUGACUGGUGGAGUGUUGGCGUGAUUCUUUUCGAGAUGCUGGUGGGGCAGCCGCCCUUUUUGGCUCCUACACCAACAGAAACACAGCUGAAGGUGAUAAACUGGGAGAGCACGCUGCACAUUCCCACCCAGGUGAAGCUGAGCCCAGAGGCCAGGGACCUCAUCACCAAACUGUGCUGCUCUGCGGACUGCCGCCUGGGGAGGGACGGGGCCGAUGACCUGAAGGCCCACCCAUUCUUCAGCACCAUCGACUUCUCCAGUGACAUCCGGAAGCAGCCGGCCCCCUACGUACCCACCAUCAGCCACCCCAUGGACACCUCAAACUUUGACCCCGUGGAUGAGGAGACCCCUUGGAACGAGGCCAGCGGAGACAGCACCAAGGCCUGGGACACCCUCACCUCCCCCAGCACCAAGCACCCUGAGCACGCGUUCUAUGAGUUCACCUUCCGGAGGUUCUUCGAUGACAAUGGCUACCCCUUCCGGUGCCCAAAACCCUCGGGAGCAGAGACCUCGCACUCCGAGAGCUCAGAUCUAGAAAGCUCGGAUCUGGUGGACCAGACCGAGAGCUGCCAGCCGGUGUAUGUGUAGCCCACAGCUGCAUCUUGGAGGGCAGCAGCGUGGCUGCCUGCUCCCCCUGGCCACUGGGAAGCCCAGGGCAGCCUGUUUUCAGCUGGGCAUUGAGCAUUUCGCUGAAGUCCUGCUCUUCAAGAGAACCCCAGGCCAGCGAGAAACCUUUAUAAAGAGAGGGCUGAGGUCUGGCAGCCCAGACCCUCUCCUCUGGUUCUGGCCGAAGGGUGGUGGGGACAGUGAGCGUGACUUUGAAUCGACUUUUGGGGGCCUUCACCACAUUCAAACCAUAUUUUUAAAACUUCAGUACAGUUUAGAAAGCACUUAUUUUGUUGAUAACCAUUUUUCUUACUAAAUUAUAGGGAUUAACUUUGACAAAUCAUGCUGCUGUUAUUUUCUACAUUUAUAUCUUAUCCAUAGCACUUACUCACAUUUAGGAGGAGACAAGAACUAAAGAACAUGUGAUAAGAAUCUCUGUGCAAUAAUGUUUGAAAGAGACGAUGCUCUGCUGAGAUGUCAUGGAGACCGCUUUAUCCACAGGAUGGGUUUUGUGUUGUAUUUUCUCCCCACAUUUCAAAAUUGUGACAUAAUGUUAAAAGCUGCUUUUUUGUUUGUGUUCUGCGUAUUAUAAUACUAUAGCAGAAGUGUGAGCAGAGUAACGAUGUGGGCGUGGUUUCAGCGUCUGGUGUGGGAAUGCUGUACUGCAUGAGCAGGAGUUUUCUAUUAUAAAAUUACCAUAUCUUGCCAUUCACAGCAGGUCCUGUGAAUAUGUUUUUACCGAGUGUUUUUAAAUGAGGUAUUCUAGACAGCGUGCUUACUAUGUAUUGUGUGAGUGAUGUCUUUGCUGUGAUUGUAUCCUUUACUGUUUUGUUAGAGAAACGCAGAUAUGUAAAUGAGAAGUGCUUUGUGUGUGUCUUGGGUAUGAUUGGAUGCUUGAGGAUAAAUGUAAACAUCUGUCGUGCGGCAUACUUUAUGCAUUAAAAGGGAUUAAUUCAGCUAUGCCAAAAUGCCUGGCUCACCCUGUACCUGUGUCCAUUUCUCUGGUCAGUCUGCACUCAUUCUUGAUGUAGCUGGUAUAUAGAAUUCAGUAGCUAGGACUCUUCUACUUAAUUUUUUUACUGACAAACUGCCCACACUGAAAGGUUUAUAUGAACUGUUUUCCUUCUGUUUUCUUAGGCGACUGAGAGGUUGCCACACUGAAUGAGAUAAACUGAUUGUUCUUCUGCUUGGUUUCAAGUAUUGGUUUAAACAAUACCAAGUUUUUCUAACUUUUGUAAAAAAAAAAAAAAAAACUGUAAAAAGCAAAGAUGCUUCAAAGUGACAUUGGAAUAGAAACAAGCCAUAUUUUCCUAGACUUAUAAGUGUAAAUAUGACUAUAUAGAUAAACACACAAAAUAUUCCUUAUUUCAAAUUUGUAUGGUUUCUAUUUAAAGUGAUUUAUAUUUGAGUAAAAAUUGAGUUCUUUUUUGCUCUUUAAAAGAUCCGAUGCCUCCUAUUUUUCAUUAUAUUAUUCCACAUAUUUUCCUCAAAGUUCAUAGCAUCAUGUAUCCAUCAUCACUAUGUAUCUAGGGAACAACACAAGUUUAUCAGUGUCUAAGAACAUUCUGUGUACUGGUUUACAUUUGUGUGAAUGGCAUCUUCUGACGUCUGCUGUGCUUGGAUUGUGGCUGACAGUAUUUGCGCUAUUUUAUAGUAAUGCCAUGUUAUUUACAGCGCUCUGACAUACUUUCAUGUGGUAGGUUCUUUCUCAGGAACUCAGUUUAACUAUUAUUUAUUGAUAUAUCAUUACCUUUUUAAAGCUUCUAUUGGCACAAUUUAUUAUUAAAACUUUGAAUCCAGA